AUGUCUCAUAUAUCAACAAUUGUCCUUUUGCUUUCACUGAUUGUAUCCUUUACAACACAAUCACUCUCGCUAUCAGUAGAAAAAGAUGAUUUGAUCCCAAAAAACAUCAAGAAAACUGGGUUUGACCUUAAAGGACUUGCGUUGAUAUCAGUGGAGAUACUUCAAGAACAUGCUAAUGACACUUUAACUUUCAUUGUUGACCUAUACAGAAAUGUUACCGACCCCAGUUUAUCGAGAUUCUACGGCAGCUGCGUCGAAAAUUACGGUGCCUCGGUCGAAAGGUUCCUGCCGGAAGCCGUUAAAGCUUUGGGUUCUAAAGACUAUGUGACGGCGAAAAAUGACGCGGCAGCCGUGGCGAGUUAUGUUGACGCUUGUGACCAGCAGUUCUCCGAGAAGACGCCGUUUAGUGAUAGGAAUAAGCUUGUGCACGAUCUUUCUGUUGUGGUAUCUAGCAUUAUUGGUUUGCUGGGUUAA